AUGCAAGUCACGACGCUGAACAAUUACGGCACCAUCCGUCUCAUGAACAGUUCUGUUCUUCAAGUUAUCAACAACGACAAAGCCCAGUUCAAGCAGAAACGCGACCGCGACUUUUUCCCAAUGCUGCGCUCGACAAGCUCCAUGAUUCAGUUCACCCCGGACACCUCAGACGAAAACACAAAAAGUUCUUCUGAGCAAAAACAAGCCACAAGCCACGUCUACUACCCUUCUGAGUCCAACUCGAAGAACAUUGAGUGUUCAACCCCAAGCCUGUGUGUGGAAAGGUCUUCUUCUUGCCUUUCAAAAAAAGUGAAGAGGGUAAGCAGACAAGAGUCAAGCAUUGAUGAACCACAUUUCUCCGAGUCGAAGUCGCCCGCCAUUGCAUUGAAGACGUGUAAUAAUUUUGACAUACCAAGUCUUCGUAGGUAUGAGCAAAUUUUAAAAGAUUGGACUUGCGCCAAUAGCAUGGAGUUGAUUUACGACUCAUCAAAGCACUUUUUCGACUCGAAAGGGUUCAACGAGAAUGUUUGUGGGUCGAAGAACGUGAUGAUUAUCGUGAUGUCUGGAAAGUCCAUUUUCGGAUCGUGGCACUCGAAGAAAAUACCAAAAGAGAAAAAGGAGGGUUUUGUCUACGUCAAAGGAGACGAAAACCACUUUAUGUUCACACUCAAAAAUCCAUAUAAAAUCCCACCAACUCGCUUUUUCCCUAUUGAGGUCAAUAAACACACGAAAAGUCUUUGCGUCUCAGGAUCAAGAAAUUCGGCAUGUGUUGUUGGAGUGUACUCCGGUUACUUCAUUGAUGUUGUUGAUAACUCGAGUUCAAUUGACUACUCGUUCAACACCAAUUACGAGGACCACACAUCAAAAGGGGGUCUCGUCUUUGUCGGUAAUCAAUCAUUCACAACGGAUAGACUAUUAGCUUUUAAUGUGUUGUAG